GCUCAACAUCCGGGCGUCAAAAUUAAAAAGGAGGGGUAUUCUUCUCGCCUAUGCCAGGCUUGUCCAGCGCUUGCGAUGCUGUGUUUCUCCCAAAAGGCGCAGAAUGCGAACUUGCCGCUUGCGAACAAAGGAAACAGAGGAACUAAUAUUUACUGCGGGGAUCGAAACAUUGACAAGCCCAUGGCGAAUUCACACGAGCUGUGAGACAUGAGAUGCGGCUCAAUCAACUCUGAGAAGGCAAGGCUAGACACAAGUCAGAGACUUCGUUACCCCGUGCGUGAUAGGUUGUCCGGACAAUCUGGUUUGUCGCCUUAACGAGCUUUGCAACUCCUAACUCGUAUAGUCGCAAGUACAUAUUAGGCUGAGUUCUAGCAUCAAGCAUCGACCAGGAAUCGCACAGCUGUCAGACACGUAUCGGCUGCUUCUUCGACGACGCAAGCAGGCUUCGCAGAUGUCCUUGGCUUCGAUUUACCACACUACGCCAGCGCCGAAUUUUAAUGCGUUCUCUCGACGCCCUGCCUUUCGAUGUUCUUUUCGGCGUCUCCCUCUAUCUAGACAUAGAAGACAUCGUGAACCUGCACAACUCCUGCCGGCAGCUGCGCUUUCUGCUCGGCGAGGAGACGCUCUGUCGCAGACUGCUGGAGAACCGUGCGAGACGCACACGGGAGGCCAGAGAAGCUCGCAAGUCAGGCUACCAGGCCGCCAUCAGACGACUGUACAGGCGCCGCAAAGCAGUCGCAGCAGGAAUACCCGCGUCGGUGGCCUCGCUCGGGUACGCGGCCGAUGUCAUCUACAGCGAUGGCGUCGCAUGUAUUCUGGGAGAAAGUUACGUCCAGGUUGUGGAUCUCCACGGGUCCAAGGAGCCGCGCAGGAUCCCGAUCGUGUCUCUGCUAAGUGGCGUGGCCGAGCCGGAUCGACACUGCGACUACGAGUGCGUCCGGCUUCUAAGCUGCUGUGCAGACGUUCUCGUCUUCACCUACGAGGAUGACAACGGCCACUGCUGGCUGCUGGCCGCCGACGUGUCCAACCCGGCCCAACCGCAGCGCGUGAUCGAGCCUGAACUGCUAAGGAGCACUCAUAAGCUCUUCGUCGAGCAGACUGGCCAGUAUUUAUUCUACGGCACGCGCACGGGCGUCUGGAUUUCGAGUGGCCAGCGGUACAGGGAGUGGAUGGUUCACGGCAUCGCUUUGAAUGGCCACAAGUUCAUGAUCGAGCGAAAAGAUGGCGCCGUAGAGGAGGCGAGCAGGACGGAGCCUAUUCAGCUUCACAACUUUGCCGGCUCUGACGUCGGCUCUACUGCCGCCUUCAAAAUUCACGAAGGCUUCUUCUACGCCGUCACAAACUGCGACGCGUUCGACGUCAUUGAAGUUGAUUUCACCUCAGUAUAUCAGUGCGUCCGAUUUCCAGUCGUCAAUCCCCAGGAGGACACUUGUGAAUAUGCAAGGCUCUAUCGGCGGCAGCAUGCCGAAGGCCCGGUGAACGACGGCUGGAAUUCGCUACGUCUGGACGUCGACGAACGGACCAAUAUGCUUCUUUUGAUCGAAGGCCGUGCUGAAUGGCCGAUGGCUGGCGACUCGCUCUCCCGUGGAUUCUACACCCACGAAGUCGAUUUUGAGAGAAAUGUAGAGCUUGGUAAGGGCCCAGCGGACGACGCGUUCUCCAAGAUUCCGGACGAAGAAACGAAGUACUGCUCCACUCCAGAAUUACCGCCAUGGCAUGCCCAUGUCGAGGCUUACAAUCUGGCGGAAACUCCAAGGAGCGCCGGCACAGCCGUGCCCUCACUUUCUCGUUCGAAAUACCGCGCGUACAACUUCGCAAGCAUGGCUUGCCUUGAGCUUUUUGAAAAGCAGUGUAAUUGUCGUGGCUUCAACAGCCACUGUUUGCAGCUUAGGUCGUACUCACGACGGCCACUCGUGAGCGCCCGGUCGUGCGUAGGCGCUGUCCAAAAAGGAAAACAAAAGGUUGAUGACCUGUCAGACUUAGACCACACGGGAGCGCAUGACUAUCAGUACUCCAAAGUCUCAAUCUGGCCAAAGGGGCCGGGCGAGGAGCACCAUAUAAUGAAUCUACCGGCGGAGAUGCAGGGCACUGCGUCUCCAGGCAUCAAAGCCUGGAUGGACGAACGGUCGAUUGUCUACUUUAUCCAUGUGAAUGGCAUAGGAAAAGUCGUUUGCAUAAACUUUGACGGGGACUCCCCAAUCACCGGGUACCAAGAUCAGUCUCAGCAUCUUCCAUUCCAUCCACGGAAACGAGGCUAUAGUCCCCGACUGCAGUCAGACCCGGAGGAGCUCCGUUACCUGUCGCCAUCUCCUCCGCCUUUCGACCAUCCUGUAUUUGAGCCACACGAAAUCAAGGAAGAUUUUUUUGCCGCCACGUGGGACCUCGAUGAUAUUCCCGACAUGUGCGAGGUGGGCGGGGGCGAGCUCGAGGAGUGGUUUGACUUGCUUAAGCAGAACUGUCGUGUCUGAUCAAUGCGCACAUAUGAAUAGAGUUUCAAUGUAUUGCUGUGAUAAUCCCUC